GGAAUAGGUGAAAGAAAUGAAAAAGGAAAAAAGUUUAUUAAUUGGUGUGCCGCAAAUGAUCAAACUAUUACCAACACCUGGAAUGACAAUCACCCAAGACGAAAAUAUAACUGGAAGAUUUCCGGAGACAAUGGAAAAAAUAUGAUUGAUUACAUUACUAUAAAUAGACGAUUUCAAAAUACUGUGUUACAAUGCAAAAGUUAUUCUGGAGCUGAUUGCGGUAGUGAUCAUAACCAAGUUGUUUGUAAAAUUAAGAUA